UUUUAUGGUCUUCAUGGAAACACACACACACACACACACACACACACACACACACACACACACACACUCACACACACACACCACAUAAAGUCGGGGUCAUAAAGGGGGGUUGAUAAUCAGUCCUUAUCUCCUAUAACUCCACCUUUCCACCCUCCACCCUCUGAAAGCUCAAAUAUAUAUUUAAACACUUCUUCCAUUCUCCUCUGACAUCCAAUGCAUUAAGUUGCACUUCUCAUGUUAUAGCUAUUAAAAGCUUUCAUAUUUUUCAUUUUUCCAAACGUGACAGAAGAAAAGCUCACUGACUGCAUCUGUAAGGAGAAUCUGAAUAUUCUGAAGGAGCACUUGGGAUUUUAGACAUUUUUUAACUUUUUGAACAGCAGUUUUUUUCCUUCUAUCUGCAGACAUCAUGUGUACUGGAACGUGCUCUAAGUAUAUUGCUGUCCCCCUCUACAUCCUGGCCGCAGUGUCAGUCAUCUGCAACAUUAUGCUCUUCUUCCCUGACUUUGAGACACAGUAUGCCGAAGCAGACAGGGAAGGAAAGGGCCAGAUCACUGAGGAGGUCAAAUAUAUGGGAGGCCUGAUUGGAGGAGGAAUCAUGGUCCUCAUUCCUGCCAUUCACAUUCAUCUGACCAGCGCUAACAAGUGCUGUGCCAACCGCUGUGGGAUGUUCCUGUCCAUUGGGUUUGCAGCAGCUGGUGUGGCGGGGGCCGUGUACAGUCUGAGUGUUGCUGCCCUGGGCCUCUCUAAUGGACCACUGUGCCAGUGGAGCAAUAAAAACAGCCCCAAUCUACAGUGGGGGACGCCCUUUGCUAACAGUAAUGGGAGCUACCUGUCAGACAAGGAAAUGUGGAAGUGGUGUAAAGCUCCAGAGAAUGUGGUUGAAUUCAACGUGGGUCUGUUCUCCACCCUGUUAGUUGCAGCGUGCGUGGAGCUUGUCCUCUGUCUCAUCCAGAUGGUCAAUGGACUGUUUGGAUGUAUCUGCGGCACCUGCUCUGGCAAGGAGGAUGCCUGCAUAACCCAACCAUGUAGGGAGAUUUUUCUGUGGCUUGACUGUCUGACUGUGGUCAUAGCCAGUUGCUCUUCAGCUGGUAGGGAUCCAUUGAGAGCUCAGUGACGCUGAGGCCAGGUAUUUUCAGUGUGUGUGCU